UUGUUCGGCGCGUUCGGCGCCAUUUUGAUAUUUUCAGCGCGCUUUUGCGGGUUUUCAACUGAGCGAUCGACACUUUUUUAUAAUACUUUUUGGAGAGGGAUGGAAGAGUAUGACAAGUUUACCACCAUUUCUAACUCUAUGGAUACUUGUGGAGUUUGCUGGCUCUUCGGAUGAGGAUAUUUUAAUGAUCAAAGUGCGAACAAAACGCGAAAAAAGGUCGAAAACUUGAAGUUUGAGAUUUGAUUUGCUGACGAUCAAGAUGCGCACAUGAGACUACAAACCUUGAAGGGAGAUGUGAAGUGACCCCACUACAUAUGGUCAGUACUAUUGACAGAAAGGAUAGGUGUGACAUUUGCUGUGGCAAGCUGGCAUUCAAGAGAAUGUCAUUAGUACCAGAAGCUUACUACUGAAUUUACCAUGGCUGAUCAUCUGAUGAAUAUGUUAACACAAACUUCGGAAGAAGAAAUACAAGCAGUUGUUGACAAGUGCUGGCAGGAUAUCGGGAAUAUUUGCGGAGAUGAAACGGUUAAAAAAUCUUUAUCAUCGCCUUUUGACCCAAGAAUUAGAGGUUGGAGAGUCGUUAGGCUAUUUGUUUCAUCAACGUUCGCCGAUUAUCAUGCCGAAAGGGAAGUUUUAGUUAAAAAGGUUGUUCCAGAGCUGCGUGAGUGGUGUGAAGAGAAGUCAAUCAAUUUGAUUGAAUGUGACCUCAGAUGGGGUGUCCCAAAAGACUCCACAACAGAAACAACUAUCAGAACUUGUUUGGGUGAAAUUAAUCGCUGUGCAGCAGAGGCAGAUGGGGAACCAUUUUUCUUAAACAUGCUGGGAGAGCGAUAUGGAUGGAUUCCAGAUUCAUCAGAAAUAUCAGAAGAAAUUCAAGAGGAGUACCAGUGGAUUUUUCCAACAUCAAUAACACACAUGGAAAUCAUUCAUGCUGCAUACAAGAUGCAAAAUAAAAAUGCACUAUUUCUUUUGAGAGAUUCUGAGUUUUUAGCAGAUCUGCCCCCACAGAUGAUGAAAGCAUUUGUGGAUGAUCAUCCUCUGAAUAAGGCACAUUUAAAGGCAUUGAAGGAAAAUCUGAGACAAAGAUAUCCUGGACAAGUAUUUGAUUAUUCUUGUCAAUAUGGUGGGAUUGAUGAAUCAACAGGAAGGUCAAAGGUCAAACUCAAAGGGUUAGAGGUUUUCUGUCAAAUUGUGCUCGAAUUUUUCAAGUCAGCUAUCAACAGAUUAAUUCCGACCGUAAACCAGACAUUGUCAGUGGAAGAAAUUGAGCUCUCAAUGCAUAAUCAGUUCAUUGAAUUGAGAGGCCAACUUGUACUUGGUCGUGGGGAAGAGAUUACUACUGUAAUGAACUAUGUUCAACAUGGAACCAUAUCUGAUGGGUCUGGCUCAGGACGUCUUCCUCCUCUAAUAGUUCUGGGGUCUUCAGGCUCUGGGAAGUCAGCACUCAUGGCUUAUUGUACGCUGGAGAUACAAAAUCUUGGACUCCCGUUGUUCUUUCACUUUGUUGGGGCAUGUCCUGGAUCAACGGUACCUUUAAAACUCCUGGAAAAGCUUGUACGAUGGUUUAAUAAAGGUUUUAGUGUGGAAGACAUGAGUGUGAAACAACUUCAACAAGAGAUCAAGGAAGGCGUAGAAGAGCUUGGUAAACGGGAAGAGGUGUUUGUGAUAAUGAUCGAUGCAGUCAACCAGCUAUCAGAUGUUGAAUCCCAAGAACAUAUGGACUGGCUUCCAAGCUCUUUCCCGCACAAUGUUCGUUGCGUAAUCAGUGCAGUGACUGACAGUCGUUCUGUUAUCCUCCUGUACGACGAGCGCCGCGCACUUAGUCCAGUACCCCUUCCUCUACCAGACCUUGAUACGUCUGCCCGACAAGAGAUAGUGGAACAUAAAUUGGGCAAAUACAACAAGAAACUGGAUGCGGAGCAGAUGAAACUGCUGAUCGAUUCUGAAGGGGCGUCAAACCUUCUUUGGCUAUCACUGUCUUGUGAGGAACUUAGAGUAUUUGGAGUUUUUGAGAACAUCACUCAAUACAUCAAAGAUUUGCCGUCUCCGUUGAAAAAACUUCUGGAGUUUAUAAUGAACAGGCUCACAGCAGAGGACGAAGACGACAACAUUCAAAAGGUUUUGGGACUAUUGGCUUGCAGCAGAGGUGGUUUGGGUGAAACAGAGCUCCAAUACCUCCUGAGUGAUGACCUUUCCAAAGCUGUGGCCAUGAUGGUCUGGGCACAAGUGCGUCGAACACUGAAACCUUUUCUUAGAAACGUUGCUGGCAGAAGAGAAGAGGAAAGACUUGAUUUCUUCCACGCUUCAAUACAAGAGGUUGUCCUGGAAACUAUUCUCCAGGAUUCUGAGGAAAAGAAAAAAUUCCAUUUGAAACUUGCUGAUUACUUUGAACUUCACUGUAAAGAUAAAGACCGAGUGAUCUUCAUGGCACCAGAACAGCUUAAAUUGGCCGGGGAAAGGAAAAGGCUGCUGGAAUUUCUGAGGAACGAGGAGCGCUCUGGAAAACCAGGACAAUGGAAAGACCGCUACUAUGAGGAUUUGCGUUGUGACAUGAGACUCCUACCAGGAACCGCCUUCUCUCACAACGUUCACAUCUGUAUGUUCUGCAACAUGAAACGUGGAGCUUUUGGCGAGCACUCGUGUUUCAUCUGUGGUCGGUUUACGCCUUGGAGAAAUGACAUGCAGGCUGCUAGGGUUUGUCAUGCGCAUCAGCUUCUAGGACCGCCAAACUUGGUAAUGUGUUAUUUGUGCAGAAAACCUGCCUUUAUCGACUAUGCUAUGGUUUAUUUAUGUGCUCUUUGUGAGAAUGUAGCGUUAAAGAGAUGUGCUAUGCUUGUAACCGACUGAUCUGGCUUAAAUUAUAAAGGCUGAUACACGAAUUUGCUCUCUUGAAUUUCAUAGGAUUAUUAGGAUUAUUAUCUUAUUAUCAUACCAUUUAUAGUGUUAAACGAUAAAAAGAUAGAAAUAUAUCUAAUCUAAAAACAUUGUAAGGGUUUCCUUUAUUAGUGUUGGAAAAUAAAUGGAAAAAACAUAUUUGCAUGAGCCAUUCAGUAAACAUUUUAAUAAGCCAGUUGAUCAUUUCUUAUUCCUUUUGGCGGUCUUACCUUACACAUAAAGUUUGGUCACCUUUUCCUUAUCGUGAUCGUGAAAUUGACAUGGAAACAGAUGUUUUGCGUAAAGUGCGGUUUGCGGCUAGAUACCGGUAUAUUUCCAUUAUGUUGCUAAAAACUGGGAAAAAUGGGAAAAUGACUCUACCCUAUAAAAAUUGAUCCCGUGCAGGAAUUUCCUGGAAAUAACCCUGCUUUAUACUUACAUCCAUUUAAUACUCUCGUUUUUAGGCUAAAUCCGUGUCGAAUUCCCGAUCAGGAAAAUAGUUUUGAGUUUUGAAUUUAGCACGUUCAAAAACUUACUUUUCUUAGAGGUGACUUAAAGUGUAGACAUGUAGUACUUUUGAUCUUCCGCACUGAAUUUGUAAUUAGAUAACUUAUACGACUAGCACGUAGCUCUUUCAGGGACGGUACCUUGGGUACGCCCUUUCAUCUCCGAAUUUUGUGUUUAUUCUGCUGUUAUGCAACAGCCUUCAAGGACUAUUUUCUUUAAAGAUAUCUUUUCAAGUCUGAUUUUAAUUCUGUUACUAAGUUUAUUAUAAUUUUUAUAUUGUCAAUCUUGUUUUUGUUUUGCCCGAACUUGACUGUAAGACCAAGAAAUUUAAGUUAGAAAGACAUUUCGUGAAGCGUAAACAUCGCAAAGGUAUUUACUUGGUUUUUCGAACUCCGUUCUGCGUAGCCUAACGUGAUUCGCUAUUUAAGUGUGAAAACAUGACGAAGCUUAGAGAUGCUCCAUAAGUGUCAUCUUUAUAACUGGUGACCCACACUUUCCUCGAGAGAUCAGAGCUAGUCCCCGUUGUAAUAACUUGUGUAGUAAGAGAGAAUAAAGAAAGAGAAAACAAAACAACGAGUGUUGGAAUAAUUUCAAUUCUAACAAUUGUCUAUUUAUCUUAAAAAGAACUUAAACUGUAGUAAUGCUAUCUAUCUCUUCGAAAUACACAACGAAUU